GGUACAUUUUCCGAUGAGUAUAACCAAGGAUACGCAUUUUCCAAGUGACGAGGAGCUCACUGUUCCUCAGGAAAUCACUUUAUCAACUCCAUGGCUCAAAUCCAUCGCUCCCUAUAUGGCAAAACAUUGCGAAAAGGAGGCAAAUGAGUUCAUGCUUCGACGAAAGGAAGCCGAGGAUCCACGUGCCGUUUUGAAGGAGGGAGCCGCGCUGACCGCGUGUGGAGUCAAUUUUCUUCAAUCUUUGAAGCGUUCCUGCCUUCCACAGACUCAGAAGCUCGCCGAAUGUGUUGAUCAGAGCAGUGCCAAGCUUUACAUGUCAAAGUGCCAUGACGACCAGAAGGAGCUCGAUGCCUGCGUGGAAGCUAAUUUGAACUUGACGCGUCCAAAGCUUGGAUACUUCAGCAAACUUCAUGUCUAUGACUCGGCCACCGCGGCUCCAGAGGUGAAGCUCCGUGACUACAAGGCAGAAGCAGCUAAAGUGCUCAAUGAGCUUCCAGCCGACUAUCAUCUUCGCAAAGACUACCGUAAAUACAACGACUGGCGCUACAAUAUUACUGAAAGCUAGAUUUCUCUGAAAAAUUGGCCGUUUUUCUGCAAAUACCCUUCGUUUUCCCGUAGAGUUCUCUCCAAAUUCUCCUAUUUUUUUCUUGUUUUUUCCCGUUUUUUUUUCCAAAAAUUUAAAUUUUUUCAGCGAAUAAAAUGUAGAUUUUCUUU